AUGCAGUGUUCAUCUCCCUUGAAGCAACAGACCAGGCCAGACAUCUUCGAGCCGAAGGUUGUAGGCCUCUACCGGAGGCUGGUCGAGCCACACGACGAUGUCGAUGAGCUUGCCGAAGGCUUCUGGGCGGAGCUCUUCCUGCUCAAGCCAGACGUACCAAGGCUCCGCCAAAUACUCGACGACACCGACACGGACAGUCUCCUACACCUACAGCAUUCAACGCAGCAGCUAGUGGUGCAGAGCAUAGCAGCCACCAAGCUCGGUCAAGCGCCUUCUGAUGAGCACGCUCUUGAAACUCUCACAGUACUCUUCGCCGUGGUUCUAGCUAAGAAGUACACCAACCCUAAUGCCGACAUCAUCGAGGUGCUAGCCGGCCUAGACCAUGUUGAUACUGUCUUCACCGAGCUAGCUGCCACCCUCGACCAUGUCAUCAGAGAUGGCAGGACAGAUGAUAUCAAGCAAAACGCUGUGAAGACGGCUAUUGCUGUUGUGUCUGGAGGCUACCAGACAGCGCUUGUAUCCUACUUCAUGCAGCGCGACUUCUUCCCUGGACUGAUUAAGCUGGCCCAGCAGCUGGCGAGCCCGCUACAAGCAGCACAGCCUCUACUGCUUGCGGGAUUGCUGGUGAACUACAACAAGUUCGAGACGCACAACCAGUACAAGGUGCGGUUUGCGGACUUUGUCAACGACGAUGCGAUGCAAAGUAUAGUAGCCUCCGUGGGAUGGACCAGCUCCCUACUCCGAGCUCGCUACAUCGCGAUACAAGAUGACACUCCUACCAGCUGGAGUGUCGCCGGAACACUCUCAUACGUCGGCCUUGGAGCCCUGGCUGGUGCGAAGCCCACUGCCGCUGCCAAGCCCACUGCUGCUCCUGUAACGGAAGAAGCACAGCGAGAGCUAUUUGGCCAGCAACCCGGCCCGGAGAGCGCUAGUUUUUUGACACUCUACGACUUCGUCCUCCCCAACAAGUUGUCCUGCCAUCGAUUUAUCUCACAAGCCGCGCUCUCGAAGGCGGAACCGCCGCCAUUCAGCGCCUUCCUCUCUUUCGCUAGCUACCUUUACCAACAUGCCUAUCGCUCCGCGAGAGCGGCGGCGUACGCUUACCUGACAUUACUCAUAGUGCUGAUCGUUAUCGAAGAUCAAACCACCGCAAAGCUCAUAUGCGAGACUGUGGCGCCAGUGCGACUAUGCCGGCAACGCCCGCCGUUCCUGCCCUUGCCCAAAGGUGAUCGGACGUAUGCGGCUGCUAUCCUUGAUCUCUUAAUGGACGGCAUCAACCACAACUUACGGAAGCGACUGGAUGCGAGCUUUUACCUGCAGUCCUUAACCGUGCUGUCGCGCCUGCUGACCUACCUCGCCCGAUCACGCACGAAGCUGGCUUACCACUGGUCAGAGCUCUGGCGCUCUCUACUAUCGUUUGUGCGCUUUCUGAACCAGUACGCGGAUGAUAUCAAGACACUGCCGGACGCCACGAACUUGAUUCAGACGCUCGUGGACGUCCUGGCGCUCGCUCUGACGAGCGGGGAAGCGUUCUUGCCCAGCACGGCGGCGUACGAUGACCUCUUCUACAAACUUGUAGAGUCCGGCGAGGCACUCAUCAAGCUACGGGAGCUACACCACUUGGCAUCCGCGGAUGAAAAAACGGCUUCGGUCAAUACUCUCAUCGGCGUCUCCGAGCAUUAUACGGAGUUGAUUGAGAGCCAACGAGCGAAGAAGGAACACCUCAAUCCCGCCGAGAUUGGCAAGAUCAUCAAGCGCGGGUAUGAGACGUUGAAUCUCGAGCCUGCCGGGGAGGGGAAGGUCGAGCACGUGCAGAGGGUAUUCAGGGAGGCGGAUUACAAGGCAGAGGUGAAGCGGAUUGUGAGGGUUGUGGUUGCUGAUGCUUUGGGAUCUGUGAGUGGGGUUCAAUGAGUGUACCACUGCUGCACCACUCUGGUUAGUAGACGUACCAUAGACUCAAUUGUAUGCCGUGCCAUGUUAGCCUGUGGUACUCGGUCAUCGGUCGUGAAGAAAUGGUGAGCACGCUGCCAGACCUGCUCUACUGCUCCGC